ACCUUAUCGGCGGAGCGCAUCUGAACACGGGUUAUAAGACAGGAUCCAUAAUAUAACAUGCCAGACGAGACGAACCUUAUCGACUUUAUUCAUCGACCGCGCACAGUCUGCUUAGCAAGAUGAUAUGUACAACAGCACGGUAAAUCAAGACGCUCUACUUUAGAGACUCUGUGUAGAAAUUGAAGUUCUUCAUUGGUCGGUGGAAGAAGGCAGGUAAUUACGUUGGUUGGAGGUGGAAACAACGAAAGAGGUAGGGGAGCGAAAGUGAACACAGCUCCAAGAAUGGGCAGGAAGAGACGGGCUCCUUGAGCCUGCGGCAGAAAGUUUGGCGGAUAAUAGCGUAGGAGCAUCGUUAUUAAUGUUUUAUUGAGUCGAAUGGGAAGUGUAUGGAUCUCCAUGAUGAUCUACAGCUAAGUUAGCCAUUGGAAAAUCGCGACAACAGAGUACGCGAAAAAUGAAAGUAUGUACGAACGCGAUUGCUCGAUCAAGAAAAGACUGACUGGCUGAGUGAGAUUCCGCCGAUUCCAGUGACGUUCCAAAGAGAGAAACGUAGUGUGUGCAAGGUUAUGGGCGUGCUGCUGUUGCUGGUGCGAUCCAGUGUAUGCCAGUGAUUCUCACUGACAUGCCUACUUCGGCCUCCGUUGGAAAAAAUUUUGUGCUCGUGACAACUUUGUGCAUAAUCAGUUACCGCGAAGCCGUUCUGACGCGAGCGUCAUCCGUCAUCCUUGUCGAUCCUUGAACAACGUGCUGCAUAAGACCAUGACGCGAAAACUCAGCAAGUUUUUAAUACUUUUCGACAAUACGAAUCUUUUAUAUUUUCCCGGCCACUUUUUGUCCGGUCGGGUACUUAUCGAGUUGGAUGAUGAGGCCUACGUUUCAGGGUUACAUUUUCAUGUGAUCGGCGAAGGAGUGGUGCGUGUACGCAGUCAACGUGCUGAAAGGGUUUACGACAAAGAAAACUAUAUAGAUUUUCGUAUGAGAUUGCUGGGUGAGCCAGGAGAGGGACCAUCGCUGCUAUCGCCGGGGAUUCACAGCUUUCCAUUCAAAUUAGGUCUGCCCCUGGGCCUGCCGUCUACUUUCUUGGGGAAACAUGGUUGGGUACAAUACUACUGCAAAGCUGCACUUCGGGAGCCCGGAGGUCUGACGCACAAGAAUCAGCAAGUCUUCAUCGUAAUGAACCCAAUCGAUUUAAAUUUAGAACCGCCGAUUCUAGCACAACCAGCAAGGCAAGAAAUCGAGCAGCGAGUCGGAGUUUCCUGUGUCUCUGGAGGCCCUGUAUUUUGCAGGGUAAGCCUCGACAGAGGUGGAUACGUACCCGGUGAAACUAUCGGCAUCUCGGCGACUGUCAGCAAUCGGAGCAAAGUGACGAUGAAAUCGACUAAAGCAUCCUUGACUGAAACAAUCCAAUACCUUUGUCGUGGCAAAGUACUCGCGAGCGAGACGCGAGAAUUGGCUAGUGUUUCCAGGGGUAAAAUCCGUCCCGGAGAAGGUGAGGAGUGGUUGAACGAACAAAUGUACGUUCCCCCGUUACCACCCACCAAUCUGCGGGGUUGUCACCUUAUCAACGUCCUUUAUCACGUCUACUUUGUAAUAAGUCCAAAAAGCUUGGACAAAGAAAUAAAACUACAAAUACCAAUCGUUUUAGCCACCUAUCCUUUAAGACAGGAAGGUGCUCCAGCAGGAACUGCACCGUCGAAAAGAGGGGCACAUUAUCCAUCAACGUUGCCGAUAUUUCGGCCAUGGUUGGACGAUAAAGCUUUUGAGAUACAAGAGUGAAGGUUUAAUUCAUUUUAAUCGGUGAUCAUAAUAUAUAGAUGAAAAAAAUCUUGAAAGAAUUUAUAUAGAACAUAUCCGCGACGGUGAUACUAAAAAUUGAAAAAAAUUCUUUGAAUCUUGGAAAAAGUUAAUACGCUUAUAGCAAUACUUAUCUCAAAUUAAACUUAACUAAAAGUGCUUACAAAUGGCAAAUAAAUACGUUAUUUUUGCAUUUCA